CCCACACAUUAGGCGCCUCGUGAUUCCUCGAUUUCAUUGGGACGCGAUGCAACGUUUCCCGAAGAAACUACACAAUAAGUUUCUCCUGUAAUCUAUCACAGUUUUUGAACUCAAGGAAUGAAAUUAUUACGAAAACAUUUUAUUAUAAACGGUGCAUACAUCACGCUAUCUAGCCUUUAAGGUUUUUCACCUAUUGUAUAAAAUGCCUCAUAGUUUAUACAAAAUUAUGCGUAUCGUUGAUCGCGUCAAAUCUUGCAUGGCGUAAUUAAAAUUCCAUAUGCUGUACGAGCCACGAUAGUAUUCGAAAUGGAAACCAUAAGACACGAUGUUUUAUAAUCAUUAAUGUCUCGGUAAUUAUUAACGUGAAUUACGAAUAGUUCAUUAUCGUGCAAAUGUAUGUAUACUCGAAUGAAACUUUGGCGGUAUGUUCGAGACUAUUCGCGUGGUCUUUUUUCAAUGUAUUUAUAUCUAUAGAUAUUAGCUGUUUUGUAAGAAACAGUUUUUAUCUUAAAUAUUAAUGUAUUGCGCGUGCAACAUACGAGUUAUUACGACGAUAUUCGUUUAGAAACGUGUCACGAGUAAGAAUUGUGUUCGCCAAAAUUUCAUGCAACGAAAACUGCUAGAUCGACUAGAAAGCGUGGUCAACAUACGAAAAUAUAAUUUUCAAUAUUUCGUAGCAAUUACAUUCCGAAUGAUUAUGAAAUUAAGGCAGAAAAUCGGUGUUUGAUAGAAGAAAAAGUAGCGAGGAGUAAUCGAUGCAGGAUUAAUGAAAGUUGUAAGAAAAGUCUGGUGUAACGCGUACGCUUAGCAGGAGGUACCCGAGUGGUUGGUAACAGAGACGCUUAGCGGAUGAAUACGGUCCUGCGCGCUCCCCUCCACCUUCCUCAUCCCGCUAUACGACCAGUCAGUUCCUUGUUUGCCAUACAAAAUCCAAUAGUUUGCCUUGUACCUCGAGAGUGCAAGUAUGCCUUUUGCAUUUGCCUUUUUUUUUAAAAAGUGCGGUAAUCCAUUGAAGUACUCGCGAAAAUGUGCAUUUUACUGAGUUUGUUUACUCACACGACAAGAUUCCGAUGGUUCUGAGAGCGGAGAUCCAAGAAAGCAUAGUGAAUUCCUGUCCGAGAGCAGACCGACCGGCCCGUUAAGGCUUCGUCGAUUUUUUGGUCGUGAAAAAACAACGGAGCCGAAGCUUUUGUGCGGAAAGUCAGUCGGGCAAGUGGAAAAGGGACCGAUAACGAGGGGAAAAUCGGUGCGAAAAAGUGUAUAGGGUACUCGAGGUGGCUCCUUUGUAAAAGGAGUACCGCAGGACGAAUAUUUUCACUGGAGCUCUCGGGAAAAUGUGUUAUGUAUUUACGUGGAAUAUUGCGUAACGUCGAGGGCCGGGAAGUGUUUGGAAACGUGCAACACUGACAAACCUCGCUUCGACGACUUCGCAGGACGGCCUGUGCGCGUCCGUGCAGCUGGCUUUACCGGCUCUAUUUCGUCUCUCUGUCCCAGCGAAAUUCCGCUCGCGAGCCCCGAUAACCGCGAUUGAAAUUUUCACGAAGAAACAAACUUCAACGACGUUUCGUACCUCCUCGUGGAAGAGGACAACUCUCGUCGCGGUCAACUGAGUUCUACCUCGACCACUUGCUUCUGGACAACUUUUCGCGAAAUCCCCUGCUGCAAGAACGUUCAACUUCUUUUCAGAUGGAAAUUGCAUUUCCAAUGUGAUCUGCGAUGAAACGCGUUCGCGGGCUGGACGAGGUAGCAUCACCAGCAGCAGCAACAUUAAAGCACUCGUCGGUGAGUGCAGGAAGUGGCUUAGGUGGCGGAGGAGGUGGUUUGGAGUACCAUUCAAGCAGUGGAAUAGGCGGUGUUGUACCUGGCCAAGCAGUUCGAUCAGUUGCCCCGAAAGAAAUGCCGGGAAGCAUACAAUUCGGAACUGCCCAAGCUCAACAGCAAUACACUGGAGCAAUUGUAGUGCCGACUGCGGCUCCCUCCCCCAUUAAGGGAAGUGGACCUGCAGGACUCAGUUCCACAUGUAGCAGUAGCAAUGUAAAUACUGGUGGAGGGUUGCAUAGUGGGAUAGGUGGUGAGAGUAACCAUAGUAUGGGUUCUCAACAACCUACACCAGGAACACAAAGCCAAGUUCAUACUCAACAACAACCAACAAUAAGGCAUAAGGUCCAUUCAAGCAAUGUAACACCAUUAGCUUCUACCCCACCUGGAACUAGUUUAGGUGGUGGAAGUGGUUCACAGCAGUUUCAGAGAUUAAAGGUGGAAGAUGCGUUGUCUUAUUUAGAUCAAGUAAAGUACAAAUUUAGUGAUCAGCCACAGGUGUAUAAUGACUUCUUGGACAUUAUGAAAGAGUUCAAGUCACAAAGUAUAGACACACCAGGAGUUAUUACGCGAGUGAGUCGUUUAUUCCAAGGACAUCCAGAACUUAUUGUUGGUUUCAAUACGUUUCUUCCACCGGGAUAUAAAAUAGAAGUACAAGCAAAUGAACGAGGAUACGCGUUUCAAGUAUCUGUUAGUAUGCCGAGUCCAACGGCAACGCAUACGGCUACAUUGUCGCAACACCAUUGUACAGUAAAUGUUGGAUCACCUCCCGUUGCAAGUCCUCCUACUCAACCUGCUAAAGCACCUCCAGUUUUGCAAAUAAUGCAAGGAUCUGGGAACAUACAUCAUUCCUUGCCAAACAAUAUUCCCAAUAACAGUUUAACGGUUCAUGCGCCAUCGCCGCCACCGGUUCAAGCGUAUAACAAUUCACACGUUACUGCAGCACAAGCUCAGGCUGUGAGUCAAGCGUUAAGUCAAGCACAGGAUGGCAUACCACCAAGUGGACAGACUCAACAGAGUCAACCGGUCGAAUUCAACCAUGCAAUUAACUAUGUUAAUAAAAUUAAGAACCGAUUCCAAGGUCAACCAGACAAAUACAAAAGAUUUUUAGAAAUUUUGCACACUUAUCAGAAAGAGCAACGAAAUUUGAAAGAGUCUGGGCAUAUGGGUGGUACAAGUGGAUCUGGUGCAUCAGGGGGUGCAAAGCACCUAACAGAAGCAGAGGUUUACAGUCAAGUUGCUAAAUUAUUUGAAAAUCAAGAAGAUUUACUCGCUGAGUUCGGACAAUUUUUGCCGGAUGCUACUAAUCAACAGAGUUCGUUGUUCAUUUCGUUUCAGAGUAACAAGACUGCUACAGUUAACGAUCACACAACUAUCGUUAAGAAACCAUUGGGACCUAAAGCACCUUAUAAUAAUUCGGGAAACAUUUCGAGAGAUCUCCGGGAGUCGAGCGGCACUGGAACGAUUGAACGCGAGAGUCGGGAUCAUAGGGAUCGUGAACGGGAGCGAGAUAGAUCUGGUAUACGAGAUAUUAAUAGUGUGCAGAAAUUUAGUCACAGUACGGGGCAGUUGAAAAGAAGUCCAUCCUUCUCACCUUCGGUAACGGCGGGAAACUCCCAUCAUAUUCAGCAUGGCCCGCCUCCUUUGAAAAAGCAUAAAGUGUCGUCUAUGCGUGAAUGUGUUACCAUAGCAGAGGCGGGAAAAUAUGGCAGUCUGAACGACUAUGCUUUCUUCGAUAAGGUUCGUAAAGCGCUGAGGUCCCAAGAAGUUUACGAAAAUUUCCUCAGAUGUUUGGUCCUUUUCAACCAAGAAAUAGUAUCGAAAUCUGAGUUGGUUCAAUUAGUAACGCCGUUUCUCGGUCGCUUUCCCGAACUUCUACGUUGGUUCAAAGAUUUCCUGGGUCAUUUACCUGAAUCUUCUAAUACCAAUACAACAAAUACGGGGAGUAAUUUAAAUGUUGAGGCGCUACCAAAUAACGUGGUGCGAAGUCACCAAGAACGACCUCAGGGUGAUCUGGCAAUGGAAAUUGAUUAUACGGCAUGUAAACGGUUAGGUGCAUCAUACUGUGCGUUACCAAAGUCAUACGUUCAACCAAAGUGUACAGGAAGAACGCAGUUGUGUAAAGAGGUUCUUAACGAUACAUGGGUAUCGUUUCCAACUUGGUCCGAAGAUAGUACAUUCGUAACAUCGAGGAAAACACAGUACGAGGAAUUCAUUUAUCGCUGUGAAGAUGAACGAUUUGAAUUGGACGGGGUGAUAGAGACUAAUGCGUCCACGAUUAGGGUUCUUGAAGGAGUGCACAAGAAAAUGAGUAGAAUGAGUCAAGAAGAACUUCAGAAAUUUAAGCUUGAUGAUUGUCUCGGUGGUUGUUCUCCUACGAUUCAUCAAAGAGCCUUGAAAAGGAUAUAUGGCGAUAAAGCUGCCGACAUUAUAGACGGUCUUAAGAAAAAUCCUGUCGUGGCGGUACCGGUCGUUCUUCGACGGUUGAAAAGUAAAGAGGAAGAAUGGCGAGAGGCGCAGAAAGGUUUCAACAAAAUAUGGAGGGAGCAAAACGAGAAAUAUUAUUUGAAAUCCUUGGACCAUCAGGGUAUCAAUUUCAAGCAGAACGACGUAAAGGCCCUACGGUCUAAAAGUUUAUUUAACGAGAUCGAAACGUUGUAUGACGAGAGACAUGAACAAGUGAAUGAUGGUAACGGGGAUGGUCAAAAUAAUAGUGACCCACACCUCAUAUUACCUUACAAAGAUAAAUCCGUUUUGGACGAUGCAGCUAAUCUCCUUAUUCACCACGUGAAACGUCAAACGGCUAUCCACAAAGAGGACAAGCAACGAAUAAAGCUUUUAUUAAAGCAUUUUAUACCUGAUCUUUUCUUUCAUCCGCGCCAGGAAUUGAGCGACGACGAAAGAGACGAAGACGAUGAAAAAGAGGAUUUGAACGUAGCAGCGUGUAGUAAUUCUCAGUCGGUAACGAUAAAUACCUCUUCUAUGGGUGGUGGUCUUCAAGCGAAUAGGAAUAAACCACCGGUUUCUCCGAUUCCGUCUUCCACGUCAAUCAAAACUGAACCCGACGUCAAAGUACCGAUCCAUGCCUUGUCAAAUGACCCUGAAGAAGCGUAUACACUUUUCAUGGGCAGCAACAAUUGGUAUUUGUUCCUGAGGUUACAUCACAUUCUUUGCGAGAGAUUAACGAAAAUGUAUGACCGGGCUGUCGCCCUUGCAGAAGAGGAAUCGCGGUACAAACAGCAACGCAAAGAGAGUACAGCGGUUGCUUUAAGAUUAAAACCCAAAAAUGAAAUUGAAAUCGAGGACUAUUAUCCUGCAUUUCUUGAUAUGGUUAAGAACGUCUUAGACGGUAACAUGGAAAGCACCGCAUACGAGGACACCUUACGAGAAAUGUUUGGAAUUCAUGCGUAUAUUGCCUUUACGUUAGAUAAAGUUGUAACAUACGCUGUGAGACAAUUGCAACAUUUGGUUUCGGAUCCUAUAUGCCAGCAGUGCAUGGAAUUGUUCCAACGAGAGCAACGUCAGCCGAAAGAAAGUAGUGGCGCUGGUGGUUUGUGUGCUACAGCUUAUAUGAGACUCGGUGCCGAAAUGUCUUAUCAACGUAAAGCUGAGAAAGCAAUGGCGGAUGAGAAUUGUUUCAAAAUAUAUAUAUACAAGAAGGACUGUAAAAUGACAAUGGAAUUGUUGGAUACGGAGGGCGAUGAGGCGGUGGACAACAGUUGUAGGGAAAGAGAAAGGGAAGGAGUAACAGUAUCUGAAAAAUGGUCUACGUAUGUUGAGAGGUUUUCUGCUCCAGCUGGUCAGACUAGUCCGAAAGACACCCCUACCUUAACAGACAAUGAGCCAACAACCAAUCAUCCUGUGAGUAACGACCAGGCAGCAAGGGGGGGGAGGGGCAGAAAGCGCAAGAACACUGACAUUAGCAAGAAGAUGGAUGGAAAUGGGUGGAGUUCUUUAGGCAGAAUCUUGGCAGGACGUAAGCCUGUAUUUCUUUAUCGUAAUGUUAGACAAUGGAGGAAGAGGACUGCAAGAAUGAUGUCAGCAUCCAUGCCUAAUGCUAAUCAUCCGGAGAAAAGUGCGGAAUCAACAGACAAAGAAAAAUCAAUGGAUUCUGUAGACGCUCUUCUAAAGCGGCCUCCAGGCUUAAGAUUAGCAGACUCUGGAGAUACUUCUGACAUUAUUAAUUCUGACGAAACUCAGUGCAGAUUUAAUCCUAAUAAUUACCAAAUGUUGUAUGUUGCUAGUAAGGAAGCAUUCCUGUAUAAAAAGAAUUCGUUUAGUCGUGCUAGAGAGUGUCAUCCGACCGUAACGAAACAUCUGAACUCCAAGUUCCAUCAGUGGCUAGCGUCUUGGGCAUCUAAAAAUGUUGCGGAAGUUCAAAAUCGAUUAUGUCAGGACUGGUUAAUGGGUCGUUACGAAAACCUGAUCCCUCACAAGACGCGGGUGAUUACGGAUAACGAUCAAACGAGAUCACCUUACCGACAAUACAAUCGUUAUAAAGUGGAACGUUUGCAACCCGAUCUUUUAACGGAAUCAUGUGUAUAAUCUUACGCCUCUUAUAAUUUCUUUACCAUUCUUUGAGAAUAUAUUGAUUACUACUUGAGAGCUCGUUUCGAUAAUCUCACAUUCAUGGAUACUUUCUGUUAAGAAUAGGUAGUUAUGAGAGAGAGAGAGAAAGAAAGAGAGCGAAAGAGAGAGA